CAGGAGUGAUUGCAGCAGUUUUUGCUGAGUAUGAGUGAUGCAAAGCUGCAGUUAGGAAGAGAAGAAAGAAUGUGGAGUCCGUCCUCAGAGUGAAAGAGAUCACUAAAAAAUGCUGGGGGCUUGUGGCAUGCAGAAGUGUCACCAAGAGGCCCUGAAAAGGAAUCGUGUGUCCUUAGCAAAACAGCUGGUGCUGAAGGAAUUGCUGGAACAUCUCAUAGAAAAAGAUGUUAUCACUAUGGAGAUGGUAGAGAUUAUACAGGCCAAGGAGGGGAGUUUUAGCCAAAAUGUAGAAUUUCUAAAUUUACUGCCUAAAAGAGGUCCCAAAGCCUUCUCGUCCUUCUGUGAAGCUUUACGAGAAACCAAACAGCAGCACUUGGAGGAAAUGCUCCUGAGCACUAUCCCCAGCCAGAGCAAUGGAACUGCCAGGUUGAAUCAUGGCUGUGAGGAAAGUUCAUCGUUUCCUGUCCCUGAAUCAGGAACCUUGCAGAAAAGACAACGCUUGCAUGAUGAAUCAAUGGAUUAUUCCUGGGAUAAUGGAGACGGUCCCCACUACCCUCAAGUGAAGCCGUGCACACCAGAAUUCUACCAUGCUCACCAGCAUCUGGCAUACAGGUUGAUAUCGCGCCCAAGAGGCUUGGCACUUAUACUUAGCAAUGUGCAUUUCAGUGGUGAGAAGGAUCUAGAGUUCCGUUCUGGUGGGGAUGUAGACCAUGCUGCACUACAGAAACUAUUUGAAUACCUUGGGUACCAGGUGUUUGUGCGGCAUGAUCAGACUGUGCAGGAAAUGCAGGAAGAAUUGGAAAAAUUUUCAAAGAAUCCGGCUCACAGAGAAGUAGAUUCUUGCAUAGUGUCGCUUCUCUCCCAUGGCAUAGAGGGUGGAGUCUAUGGAGUAGAUGGCAAGCUGCUUCAGCUUUCGGAAAUUUUCAGGCUCUUUGAUAAUGCAAACUGCCCCAGACUGCAGAACAAGCCCAAAAUGUUUUUCAUUCAGGCAUGCCGGGGAGAUGAGACGGACCGAGGAGUGGACCAAAUAGAUGGGAGUGAGCGUGCUGAUUCUCCAGGUUGCGAAGAAAGUGAUGCUAAGGUGCAGGAUAAUUCCAAGCUGCGCCUUCCCACAUGCUCUGAUAUGAUCUGUGGUUAUGCCUGUUUGAAAGGCACAGCUGCCAUGCGGAACACUAAGCGUGGAUCCUGGUAUGUUGAGGCACUCACCUCUGUGUUUGCAGAGAGCUCACGAAAUAUGCAUGUAGCGGACAUGCUUGUGAAGGUGAACAGAUUGAUCAAGCACCGAGAAGGCUAUGCCCCUGGCACAGAGUUCCACCGCUGCAAGGAGAUGUCGGAGUACUGCAGUACUCUCUGCCAGGAUCUUUACCUAUUCCCAGGCUUUUAUCCUGGGAACUAACUCUGCCGUUCUUGCUCUAAAGGCAGUAAUGAGGACAGCUUCCUUUGUAGCCCUGAGGCUAUUAAACUACCUGUCUGAGGUGGUCUGAGAGGUGCACUUCCUCAUGGCAUCUAGCAGGAAGCGUCAGAGGCCCACCUUAUUCCGAAACUGGCCGAUGAGCCAUUGUGUGUUGCAGCGUCUCUUUUGCGCUUCUGCCAUUUUUUAUAUGAGCCACCUUGAGCCUUGAAAAAGGCAGCAUAUAACAGUGGUAAGUUCACAGACAGUGGCUAGCCAGGCUGGUUUUCUUAAUGCCUGCGAAAGCUUCACUAACAUUGCUCUUUCUAAUAGAAUAUGUUAGCGGUGGGUUCCUAUAACACAGAUCAGGUUUUUAUAAUUUUCAUUUUUCUGUUUGUGUGCCCAAACUUGUGAGUGGUGGGCAGGACCUUAACAAUGACCAGUUUGUGGGCAUUCACAACAAAUAGGAAUAUGAAGGGAGGGGGGAGUUACUCAAAGUUACUAUUUAGAAAAAGUAAAAAUGUAUAGUUUUUGAAAAUGUCUUUUAUAGUUUUAUAAAUUUCUACGCUUUAAGAGAAACUCAUGUUCACCACUUGGUUGUCUGUGCAGCAACUGGCAAGAUAGCUGAAAAGGGACUCUUGCCCUAAAAAUGAGAGGAAGUGUAUUUGCACAGGUGUCUGCUUACCUGUUGGUAGUGAUGCAGGAAAGUGCAGCAGCUGAACUGACUCCUACCUCUGGUGUGGCUGGCUAACUCUGAGUGGCCCCUGAAUCUCAUCCUUGUUAGUCAUGCAGCAAACCAUAGCUGGUUGUUAAAAGCCAGACCAAAGCUAUUUUCUUCCCUUGAAACAGCAGCUGGAAAGUGGAAAUGAUUGAUUGUUGAGCUGUGCUGAAUGGGGUGGGGAAGGGAGAGAGUAUGUGAAGUUGAGGCUCCACUGGCGUCUUUCUGCAUACAAACAAUGUCAUAAGGAAAAAAAUCUUUGCAGCAGGGACUUUUGAUGCUGUCAGGAAAGCAGUGCAUUCUGUACAAGACUUUUGACUGCAUGCGUCAGAACUAACGUUGUGUUUCAGAGAUCCAGAGUGGUGAUUUCUAAUGUUAGUCUAGGAUAAUGAGCUGUAUUAUAUGCAGACUCGCAAUCUCAUUUAAGGGAUGCCCCCUUGUUCUGCUUGCUUGUACUCUCUGCCUGCCUUUUCCUAUCACUCUUAAUCCCUGCUCUCCCUUCCUGAGCCCUUCAUGUAUUAUCAGGGAGUACUUGACUUUGAUCUUGCCUCCUGCUGUUAGCUGCAAAAAGUUAGACGAUUAUUUUAGAGACAUUAUUUUACAGUCUUGCUUUUUUAUGGUAGCACCGACUGCUUUCUUCUGAAUGAGGAGGCAUGUGUAUGUGCUGGUCUCCUGUGGAUGACUGGCCUGGGAGUAGCUGCUGCUCGCCUUAGGCCAAUGUAGAAGUUACCUGUGACAUGAAACCCAGCCUGGCUGUCCCUUUUGCAGACAGACACGUUGCUGGACCACUCACAUUUUCAAGCAUACCAUUUGGCUCAGGACGGUGGCACGGGAGGAGGACCUUCACCCUUCCCUCCUACAUUGUCUUAUUCUGAGCCAAAACAGCCAUGGGGGUGAUACUUGCCUUACUAUAGGAUGGUAGAUGAACCAGCUGCAGCGUGUGGAGCCCUGGCCCAACCUAUGUUACAGGUACCCUCUAGCUUAGCUUUUAGGCGAGGGGUGGAACAGAAGGUUGGACUGUUGAUGUGGCUCACUGGAAUCACUCCCUAUGGACACAGGCUUUGCAGUGCACUUUUUGCUAUUAGCUGUUCAGUGGCCAUGCAUUCUGUGCUUCACUGCUUUAGCAAUUUUACAGUGAUUUAAAAAUACUACUACUUGGAAAUAAUUUAUCCCUUAAAGUCAGGGAGAAUUAAUAGCUUCAGCUGGCAUGUCAUGGAAAGGAAAUCUUUUUGUUUUUCUACUACAUACACCUCACUGUAUGUAGCCAGGGGUAAAGACAAGGGGUAUGGCAUGACUAACAAUGUUAUUAAUGCAUUAAUGGGUACUGUAAGCAGUUCUUAGUUCUUUUGGGGAAGAUCCCAUUUAAAUAAAGGGCAAAGUAUCAUUAGUCAGUCUGUUUCAUUUAUUCAUAUAAAAGUGUACUCCAGUGGUGAAAUCCAGUGCCCAUUAGUUACUGGUGUCUGAAGAAUUAGAACUGUGGUUGUUUGAGAUGUUGCAGAGAUCCAGAAGCUUGCCUUUCCUUCUGCUUUUCUCAAUAUUGUUGCACCUUUGGGUUCGUUUGUCCAUUGUUUGUGUUUUACAUUACUGUACCCUAAGAAACAUGCAGCCAAGGACCAGGCCUCUUGCCCUUGAAGUGAAGCAACUGUCCUUCCACUCUGGUUGCUUUGUGAUUCCUCCUUGCCCAGUAUUUCAUGCUGUAGUUUUAAAGCAAAAAUAAUUAAGAAAGCAAAAAAGUAGAAGCAUCUGUUGGAGAAAAUCAGAACUCUCAAUAGUUAUGUUCUUUGUAUCUUCCUGGUUGAAUGUUAAAGAUGAUCAUAUUUUGCCAUAUCGCUAAAAACUGGCCUGUGUUCCAAAGCUAAUGGAGAGGAAUUCCUGUUUCAGGGCCAGUGGGCACUUGAGGUCAGGAUGCCAGUUAGGAGUUCAUAUUUUUGGCAAAAGGAGAAGCAGAGUGGGCUCUUGUUUCUCCACAGAUUGGUGCUUGAUGUUUGUGUCAGUGCAGCUGUCUCUCCCUUUGUUUGGAAAAGGGGAGCCCAUGUCUUGAUCACUGCCAUUUUUGAUAAUAAAUGUUUGUAUAUUGACUGCCUCGGUGGGCAAAAAUAAAGUGAUUCAGUUUCCUAACA